AUGGCUACCCGCGGCCGUCGACACCACCGUGGCAGCGCCCAACCCGACCAACACGGCGACACCUACUUUACACAACAUUCGAAUCUCUUCGCCGCACGCCUUCGUCAUCGGAGAUUCCAGAGGGACAUUGUCCCUUGCGGAAGGCGCGGCCAGCUCCACCAAGCCAGACAGGCCGCCGCCGCCGAUCCAAUCUACCGUAACGACGACGAUGGGCAGACCAGCCAAAGUCACCGCGACGGCGGCCAGAACAGCAUCGUCGAACAAACUGAGCCCAACGGGGACCAGUAG